AAAUCACACGACACAAAUUGAGUCACGCACCUUCUCCUCCUGAAUAAGUGUCGAAAACAUAACAAUAUAAACAAAAACACCAAUUCGUUUCCCUUUUAAAACUCCUCAACAUUAAUCACACUUGGCCACUCAACUAGCUUCUAUAGAAUCCAGUGAUUAUCAUAAUCACCACCCACCAUGGCUGUGGACUUUAGCUCCAUCCCCAUAAUUGAUAUUAGUCCUCUUUUAGCCAAGUCAGAUGAUCCAAAAAUGGCUGAGGAUCCUGGUGUACUUGAUGUUGUUGCACAAUUGGAUAAGGCUUGUACAGAAGCAGGGUUCUUUUAUGUGAAAGGCCAUGGCAUUCCUGAUAGUCUUCUUAAAGGGGUUCGAGAUAUAACGCGUAGAUUCUUCGAACUUCCAUAUGAAGAAAAGGCGAAGAUCAAAAUGACUCCGGCUAAUGGUUUCAGAGGAUAUGAGAAGAUUGGAGAAAAUAUAACUGAAGGUGCACCUGAUAUGCACGAAGCUAUUGAUUGCUAUAGGGAAGUGACUAAGGGCAUGUAUGGAGAUCUUGGCAAAGUUAUGGAAGGAUUCAACCAGUGGCCACAAAAUCCUCCAAAGUUCAAAUUUCUUAUGGAGGAAUAUAUUAGCCUCUGCAAAGAUCUUGCCAAGAAAAUCAUGCGCGGAAUUGCUUUAGCAUUAGGUGGAUCACCAUACGAAUUUGAAGGUGAUCGAGCUGGUGAUCCAUUUUGGGUGAUGCGUAUAAUUGGUUACCCUGGUGUAUCCAGUGAUGACAUUGGAUGUGGAGCUCACACAGAUUAUGGUUUAUUGACUUUGUUGAACCAGGAUGAUGAUAUAAAUGCUCUUCAGGUAAGAAACCUAUCUGGCGAGUGGAUAUCCGCACCUCCAGUUCCUGGGACAUUUGUGUGCAACAUUGGCGACAUGCUUAAGAUAUACUCCAACGGUUUGUACGAGUCAACUUUGCAUCGGGUGAUAAACAACUCCUCAAAAUAUAGAGUCAGUGUAGUAUAUUUUUACGAGACAAACUUUGAUGCUGCGGUAGAGCCGUUGAAUACAUACAAAACAACGAUAAAUGGUGACAAGAAGUUUGAAAGAGCCAUCUACGGAGAGCAUCUAGUCAAGAAGGUCCUCACAAAUUUUGUUGAUGGGUGACUGUUUUUCUCUUUCUAGUGAAUAAUAAGUUAAGCAUCUUGUAUGUUGAUAAGCUCCUGCUUGCAUGUCCAAAUCUACUAAGAAUAAUUUUAAGUCAAAAUCAAGUGUUUAUUAUCUAUCAAAUUAUUAACGUCAAAUACAACACAGAGACAAACACAAAUUUGUCCGCUAAGCAAAAGAAUCUGUGUUUUAACAGUUAUGUGUACAACACCACUGUUAAUUGGCAAUUGCCAUAAGAAUGAGUCAAAUACAACACAAAGAAAUCAGUGAUUUGAACCAAUCUA